GCGCCUUCCCCGUUCCGGCCACGAGGCGACUCGCCUUUCUCCUGGCCCCGGUGGCCCCAGUCGGCAGCACACCAUGGCCAAUCGCUCCCCGCCGAACCCCUGGAUCCUACGAGUUGUGGUCCCCCCAGACCGAGACCCGCCCCUUUUUUUCUGGCCGGCUGUUGUUUCCCCAAUGGAACUCCCUGUACCAUUCGACCAAAAUCCGCCUCGCCCUCCCAGCGGUUGCGGUGCCAGUUCCUCCUUCCAGAAGACGCUGCUGGUUGCCGUGGAUUGCGAACCUCUUUCGCUGCUGCUGCUCCUUUGAUUGAUGUUGCAUGCCCUACACCGCGUAACUGUUCUGCCGGCUCUGGUCACUUUCCGCGUCCUCUCCUCCCGUACCCGCGCGUCCUCCACUGCUCGCCCAAGGAACAAACCAUGUUCUCGCGGUGAUCAUUUGCCGUCCCGGGCCAAUUGCACCUCAACAGUCCUUUGCCUUCUCUUUGGUAUAUCCAUCAUGUCGCAGGCCAUGACCCUCGAGCCCUCCCCGGUGGACCUGGACCGGACCAUGGCACCGUCAGAACACAACGGACUUGGCACCGCAUACGACCACUACCGAUUUGACGACGCCCUGUCCUCCUCACAGACACCUGAUACACUAGACGCUUCACCUGGUCCACCUCGGGCGACAGCAAUCACCCACCCCCAAGAACAAUUCGUCCAGCCUUUGUCACAUGGGCAACCCUUCCACCCUUCCUCUCGUCCCGAAUCAGCUAAUUCUGGCGUUCUGCCACCACCGCCACCACCGCGCUCGUCCACGCCGCUCCAUAGCCCAAGGAGUACCAGGUCUCAGAGUCUAGCUGCCUCUCUUGGGAGCCAGUCACCCAUCCGGCGCAAGCCUUUGAGUCCCACCGCCUCGCCAUUGGCCGUUCGUUUCUCAUCAAAGAGCUACCACAUGAAGCCUCAUGACCUCCCGGACGAGCCAGACUCUGGUUACUAUUCGCUUGAUAGCCCGGACUUGUAUGACUUGGGCCCAGCACAGGGUCCAGCUCCCGUAGCCUCCCUCCCCACGCCCCUCGAGCCUCUGUCCGAGGAAGAAUUCCAGGGCAAGUGGCCGUCAUCCCCGACCGGGCCUAUCGCGCCGGCCCCUUUGGAGGUUCGAAACAUUCCAGACCUCAGCCCUGCACCACCUCAAACGGACGGUUUGACACAGCCCAAGCAACCCGCAAGUGCUUCAGACGUCACUCUGGCCACUCAGGGUCUAGGCCAGCCCGACGCGGAACCAACCAGUCCCAAUAAUCAUAAUACUAGCAGUAGCAUGUCUAUGUCUGGCCGGCCGCCCAUGCCCCCACAGCUAGAUCUUGAUUAUCGAAACUCAAUCGCCCAACACAACAACACUCUCUCUCCUACUCUGGACAGACCACCAGACAGCGCAUCCAGUUACCGCAGCCACGGCAGUCUCAACAAGCCACUACCAAGUCCGCCGCCUCCGAAGUCACCAGCCGGCUCCUCCAAACUGAGCAAUUUCUUUGGCUGGGGUGCACCAUCGCCGUCCAACACCGACCCGUCCAAGGACAAAGACUACUCUCCGAUACCAUCGCCAGUAUCACCCAAGCCCAACGAAUAUUCCGAUGAAUCUCCAGUAUCGACACGGGACCCAAAUUCUACCCAAGUACCAACCCUCGAGGGCAACGCCCUCGGAUACGUCGAGGCAUAUUUUCCCACACCGCCGAAUUCCUAUACGCUGGUGUCGCCCGUUGUCGAGAUCGAGGAGAUGGAGGAUGAGCUGAAAGCCAUCAGCGCCGAAUUGGCCUCGUCCAUUCGGCGCGAGAUGGACCUAGAGGACCUGGUAGACAGGUUACAAGCAGAGAUCGCCAACCCCCAAGCACCUGGGAAGAGGACCAGUGAUUACUUCUCAGACUCUGGUUACAGCACGGCAAAAUCCGGCGAGUUCGAGAACCCCAGAGACGAGAUAACGACCAUUCAACGCAAAGCAGAGCAAGAAAAGGCGCAGCUCCGGCUCGAACUUACAACCAAGCUGCAGGAGGAAAGGGGCCGUCGCAAUGCGCUCGACCAGCAGAUAAAGGAGCUUGCCGACAAGGCUUCGCAAGCCGACGCUGCCCAGAUGACCAGCAAGGACGCCGACGCCAGGGUCAAGGAGCUGGAAAAGUCGUGUGAGGAUCUCCGUCGCAGGCUGUCCGAGGAGCGCCAAGUCAAGGACAACUUCGAGGACCUGCUCACAGCUCUCAAGGGGGAGCUUCAGAAUGCCGCACUGGAGCGGGACAACCUGCGGGAUGAGGUCGUUCCACAACUGCGCGCACGGGUCGAGGGCCUCGAAGCACAGCAGGCUGACAAUGAGAAGCUGGCCUACGAGACAACCAAAUUACAACAGGAGCUGCAGGAGAUCAAGGAUUCCAAGGCGAAGCACGACACGCUCUCGCGGCUGAGGUCAAGUUCCGUCACAGGCCAGUCGUUCAAGCUCAGCCGCCCACCGUCUGGGCUCCACUCCACCGGGCUCUCCCGGUCCAACACCGUUAAGGGCGGGCACGUCGAGUCUAGAGACGUCCUGUCCGAGAGGCUGAAGGAUGUCGAGGCUCAGAGAGACGCCCUACACAGUGCUCUCAAGAACCUGCUCGACAGGCAAGACUUCCAGAACCGGGAGAACGAGAAGAAGAUCAAACUGUUAGAAGUCGAGCGAGAUCGACUAUUGUCAGCGUCCCCCAGGAAAGCCGGCUUCGAUAGGGAGGUCUCAACGCUGCGCGAAGAAGUCAACAUACUGCGACGGCGCGCCGAGGAAGCUAUCGAGCAGAAAUGGCAAGUCGAGAAAGGCCUAAUAGGAUUGAAGAGCGAUCUCGACAGAGCUGAGGAGGAGAUCACCUCCCUGAGGGCGCUCCUGAGUGAGAAAGACAUCCUGAUCCCAGACUCCUUCUCUCGGUACAGCAACAACUCGGCCACAGGCGCUCCAGGACUGCCAGCCACAUCUUCGUCAUUGGAGAAGGCAUAUGAAGACCUGCAAAAGGCGUACAAAGAAGCGCUUGAGCGUAUCAAAGACCUUGAGAUUGGCGGUACAAGUGCUUCUCAGGAUGAGAGGACCAGACUCGCCAUGGAACGACUUGAGCAAUCACUCGCAUCCGCCGUUCACGAUCGCGAUGACGCUCGCCACGAGGCGGCCUCGCUGCAAGGCCAAGUCGAUAGGCUACAACAGUCCGAGAAGGACCACAUGGAGGGUGAAAAGGACCUCGCGGACCAACUCAGGGACUCGGCCAACAGGGUUGAGGAGCUCACCCAGCAGGUCCGAGCUCAACUCGCCAUCAAUGCCUCCCUCCGAAGCCGACUCGCCGAGACCGUUGCCAGAGGCGAGGCCGGUCAAAAGGCCAACAAGGAGCGGCUUGCCAGCAUGCAGAACCGCAUGCGAACACUCGAAGAGCAGGUCGUUGCUGCCCAGAGCGCCGCCGAGGAUCGCGUCAACCGCCACGAGGAGGAGCUCAGCAAGCUGCGGGAGUCGACCAGCGCCAACCUGCAGCGGCUGCGCGACAGUGGAUUGCGAUCGCCCCGCCUAUUCCCUCCGAAGUCGCCCUUGUCGCCUCUCCUGUCGCCAAAUGGUGGGAGAUUCCCCCGGAUGCUCAGCUCCCAUUCCCGAAAGAGCUCCCGAAACCGCCCGUCGAGCUCCGGGAAUAGCGAGGAUGAGGAGGACACGUCUCAGGUCGAGACCCUGAAGGCCCGCGUCGCCGAGCUUGAGAAGUCUCUCGUCACUGCCGACUUUGAGAUGCAGGAAGUUGUGGGUAGGAUGAACACGGCGCAGAUCGAGGUCAUGACCCUCCAGGAGGAGAGGGAAACGGCCGCGCGGGAGACCAAGAGGCUGCAGAAGCUUCUCGAAGCCGAGAAGGUCAACGCCUUCCAACAGCGCUUCAACACCAUUACCUCCUAAUCAUUCGAGGACGUUAUCUACAACAAAACAUUUCGGGAACGCGCUGGACUUCAGCAUGGUGCAUUUACAUCGGACCGGAGCGCAUACACGUCCACGUGUAAACCAGUUACUGUAUCACUACCCCUACCGUCGACAGCAUCCAAACCAUUCAGUUCAUGCUCGUCAUGGGAGCAAACCAACGGCGUUUCUUGAUUAACACAUCUGGGAUUGGACAUUGAAAAAUGCAGAGUGCAUACCACUUGCCGCAAAGUAUAAACCGACGACGACAUAUUCAGUGCUCGUUGUCCGCCUAUUCUAAUGUCUUUCUUGGCUUGGCUAGUGUCUAUUAUUCCAGAGGACGAAGGGGCUUUUUUUUAACUUCUCAAUAUAAUACUCAUAGCAAACUGUACAUAUACUUUUGGGAGUUGGGAGGGUUAAGGGCCACUGGAGAAGCAGCUUAGGAUAUAGCUGUGUCUUGGAUCACAAUCACGGCCGUCGCGAUCGACGAUGCCAUUUGCAUAUGUACACGUUUUACUCUUAGUUUCCAGUCUUGCAAACCAGAGUGAACUUACUGUUGCUGAUUGUUUCAACAUAGUACAGGACUUUGAUUCCAUUGUGCCCGAAGGAAACAAACGUCCUCCCCCGCUUGAGGUUUGCCACCGACACAGGGUUACUUGCAUAUCACGUGGAGGAAGCUCGCUGCAGGCCGCCGCCCUUAUCAUUCUAGAAAAUGUAGGUUUGGAGCCUUGGAGCCCAGAGUCUCUCCCUCGCCCUGCCCUGCCCUGCCUUAGUUUACGAUCUCUCGAGAUGUACACGGCAUCCCCACGUCCGUGUGUUAGCAAUCGCGGGAUAUGCCACAAGAUCGACAGGAAGUGGCUGGUCAGCCGCAUGUGUGUGUGUGUGUGUGUGUAGGAGAGGCUGCAACGUCUUGGCGAGGAUUGGAAAAGCGAAGAUGGCCUCGUUCUCCCGUGGGGGCCCGGGGGGCGCGUCUUCGUCGUCCAUGAGCUGCGGGAGGAGGGAUCGGGUGGGUGGUAUUAUCGCAAUGAUUCGGUGUACACAUCCAGCCAGCCAGCCAGCCAGAUCAAUAGAUCUUGAAUCUGGAGGGGAAGGGAGGGUGAUGGUUUCAUGCUCUGCGCAGAAUCGAGGUAUGAUCCGGAGAUUUUGCGCGGAAUGGGUUGGAUGGGGGUCGCGGUGCAGUGCCCACGGAGAGAAAUGCGCGCCCCUGGGUGGCGACCGAUUCGCUCUGGGGAGCUGAGAACAGCAACGGAUCCCCUCGUAUGUUCCUCAGCUCUCAUGCGGUCCAUGAUGGCAUGGCUAUUCAGUAUGGUGAUUGAUCACUUUUUUUUCUUGGGAGGAACUGGUGUUUGGACUGGUACCGGUUGCUGCAGGGAGCUCAGCCGCACCAGGCACGGGGGUGGGCGGGAUGAGACGACUGGAUGGCAAGAC